AACAGUCUGUCCCACCGGCUCUGGUUUAAUCAGAAGGUCGUUCUCGGCCGGGCGGUGUUUAACAACAACCGAAACCUCAAAAAAUCACCCAUUAAUUCAACUUUAUAGAGAACUAUUUCUCCAAACGCGGAGGGAUGUGAGCGUUGCCGUUUAAAAAAAGGGACAGACAAAGCGCCGCGGAAGGUUGCGUUUAGUAAGGACUCGUUAUGAAACAAUGCUAACGGCGAGCUAACGUUAGCAACGCAACGGCUAUAGAAGCGACGCAUAGUUACGGUAAUCAAUAAAUAACAUGUUAUUCUGGUCGGUCGGGAUUAGUGACUAACGUGGGAACUAUUACACCGGAAGAAGCAGAGUGUUUGCACUCCCGGUUUAGUUGGACCGGUGUGAGAGGCUCUCAAACCCCGGAUUCAGGUGAUCACAACCCCGGUCUCAGCAGCUCCUUCGCCUGGUCUCCGGUCCUCUGAACCCCGGUCUCCGGUCCUCUGAAACCCGGUCUCCGGUCCUCUGAACCCCGGUCCCAGCAGCUCCUUCUCCCGGCUGGUUGGAUGGCAGCCUCGGCAGGAGCCCGGAGGUUCCCCAUGGGGGUGCGGACCUUCAGUGACUUCCUGCAGAUCGCCUCGGUGGGCUCCCCCCGGUCAGUGCUCUCAGCAGGGGGACCAAGAGGAGGCCUGAGACAGAGCAUCAGACACCUGUCGUCAUGCGGCAUUCUGAUGACCAGAACUCCCAGAAUGCUUUGCUUUCAGGACACGAUGACGACGGUUCCUCCGAGUAGAAACUUCCUCAGCUUCACCAACAAGAGGAAGGAGUACUCAGAGCGCAGGAUACUCGGCUUCUCGAUGCAGGAGAUGUACGACGUGGUGGCCAACGUGGACGACUACAAACACUUCGUCCCGUGGUGCAAGAAGUCCACGACCGUCAUGAAGAGAGCGGGGCACGCCAAGGCUCAGCUGGAGGUGGGCUUCCCCCCCGUGGUGGAGCGCUACACCUCCAUGAUCACCAACGUGAGGCCGCACCUGGUCAAGGCGGUGUGCACAGACGGAAAGCUGUUCAAUCAUCUGGAGACCAUCUGGCGCUUCAGCCCUGGGAUCCCCGGAUACCCCCGAACCUGCACCGUAGACUUUUCUAUUUCCUUUGAGUUCCGCUCCCUGCUCCACUCUCAGCUGGCCACCAUGUUCUUCGACGAGUCGGUGAAGCAGAACGUGGCGGCGUUCGAGCGUCGGGCGGGAACACUGUACGGCCCCGAGACGCGCAUCCCCCGAGAGCUGAUGUUCCACGAGGUGCACCAGACGUGAUCAGAGCCCCCCCCCCCCACCACCUCCACCUGCAUGAUGCUGCUUUAGAAGACUUACAUCCAACUCCUGAAACCCCCCGCCUCAUUAAAAUACUCUGAUAAAGGGUCUCUUCAAUCUGGAUUAAACCAUCUUUCUGUGUCUCAAAGGGGGGACGAUUUUAUUUUUAAAAACAUGUCCAAUAAUGAGAGAGCGCUGCAGCUAGCUUUGUAAUGACCACUACUCGCGCUCCUAUUGGCUAGCGCUCAAACGCAUUGUACGUGAUAGGCUAAAGGGGCGGGACAUUUCUUAAGCGGUUUAACCAAUCGCAACAGAGCCGGCCAGCUAACCAAUCAGAGCAGCUCUGGUUUCAGACAGAGGAGGUGCUGCAGCAUGGAGACAUGUCCCAGGAGAGACACGACACACUGAGGGACUCUUUAAAGGUUGUUUUGGGGCUAAUGGCUGCCGCGCUCUCUUUUUGAAAACGUGUCCCCAUCAGUCACAGAAUAAAUGAAGCGUCCCUUUAACUGCGUCUCUACCUCCGCUGGAAGGACUCUCUAUUUAUCAGCGGGUCAUAGGUCAUCGAUCGUGUGUGAAAUGUCAGAAGAUAUUAAGAAGUGCCUGCUUUAAAGUGUCCAAAAACCCCCCCGAAAAUAAGCCAUUAGCAAAGAUUUAACCAGCAGAAAAGGACCUUGAAGAUGAAUUAUGAGCACGGUUGCUCCUCAGAGUGUUUCCACGUUUAUCUGCUGCUCAAAUCUGCCUUUAAUUGAAUUAUCUAAAUCUAUUCAUUUUUAGUUAAUCUGAUGCAAAAACAACAACUCCAUUUAAUUUAUUUAUCAGCGGUCGUUUUCGGACAGUUUUAUCAGGAUUUAAAUUAAACUUUAGAAGAAGGGAAAUGUUACUUCUAAUUAAGUUGAAUGUAUAUUAUUCUGGCUUCCUCUUGAUGCUGUGAGGAAUUAUAUUUUUUGGUCUCUGAGACAUUACCAGAUUUAAUAACGCUUUAUUUCACAGCCCAGCGCACACCGACACAGCCGCACAGGUUUAGAAAAUAUAUAAAAAUUCACUGAUAUUUAACUCCUGCUUGUUUGCCACGAAACACAACCGCCUGCUCGUUGAAUAAAAAAAAUGAAAAAAAGGCAAUUAUUACCACAAUUAUCACGAAUAACUAUUUACUGAAAAUCCUGGACAUUUUAUUGAUAAUCAGAUUAAAUAAUAAUCACUGCCUAGAUAACACGCUGUAAAACUAUAAAUAUGUUAUAUUUAUCUCGUACUUUCUGUGUGUACUGUGUGAUGAAGUGCUGGGCUGUAGAAUAAAACAUAUCUCAUGUCUGGUUUC